CGCCCCUAGAGCCGGCUGCGCAGGGCGCAGCUUCCCGCCGCCCGAGCGGGCCAGCCCGCUGCGUGCGUGCGUGUGUACGCCUCUGCGUGCGUGCGUCCGUGCGUGCGUGCGUGCCGUCAGCUCGCCGGGCACCGCGGCCUCGCCCUCGCCCUCCGCCCCUGCGCCUGCACCGCGUAGGCUGACCCCCCCGCUCCGCGCGCGCACCCUGUUGGCGACCCCUCCCGUGCCCCGACUGGCCCCCGCCUUUUUGUAAAACUAAAAGCGGGCGCAGCAUUAACGCUUCCCUCCCCGGUGACCUCUCAGAGGUCUCCCCGCCAAAGGUGCUCCGCCGCUGAGGAACAUGGCGAAGGUGGAGCAGGUCCUGAGCCUCGAGCCGCAGCACGAGCUCAAAUUCCGAGGUCCCUUUACCGAUGUUGUCACCACCAACCUAAAGCUUGGCAACCCGACAGACCGAAAUGUGUGUUUUAAGGUGAAGACCACAGCACCACGUAGGUAUUGUGUGAGGCCCAACAGCGGGAUCAUCGAUGCAGGGGCCUCAAUUAAUGUUUCUGUGAUGUUACAGCCUUUCGAUUAUGAUCCCAAUGAGAAAAGUAAACACAAGUUUAUGGUUCAGUCUAUGUUUGCUCCAACUGACACUUCAGAUAUGGAAGCAGUAUGGAAGGAGGCAAAACCGGAAGACCUUAUGGAUUCAAAACUUAGAUGUGUGUUUGAAUUGCCAGCAGAGAAUGAUAAACCACUUGAUGUAGAAAUAAAUAAAAUUAUAUCCACAACUGCAUCAAAGACAGAAACACCAACAGUGUCUAAGUCUCUGAGUUCUUUGGAUGACGCCGAAGUUAAGAAGGUUAUGGAAGAAUGUAAGAGGCUGCAAGGUGAAGUUCAGAGGCUACGGGAGGAGAACAAGCAGUUCAAGGAAGAAGAUGGACUGCGGAUGAGGAAGACAGUGCAGAGCAACAGCCCCAUUUCCGUGUUAACCCCAAUUGGGAAGGAAGAAGGCCUUAGCACCCGGCUCUUGGCUCUGGUGGUUUUAUUCUUUAUCGUUGGUGUAAUUAUUGGGAAGAUUGCCUUGUAGAGGUAGCAUGCACAGGAUGGUAAAUUGGAUUGAUGGAUCCACCAUAUCAUGGGAUUUAAAUUUAUCAUAACCAUGUGUAAAAAGAAAUUAAUGUAUGAUGACAUCUCACAGGUCUUGCCUUUAAAUUACCCCACCCUGCACACACAUACACAAAUACACGCACACAAAUAUAAUAUAACGAUCUUUUAGAAAGUUAAAAAUGUAUAGUAAAUGAUUGGGGGGGAAGAAUGAUCUUUAUUAAUGACGAGGGAAACCAUGAGUAAUGCCACAAUGGCAUAGUGUAAACGUCAUCUUAAACAUUGGUAGGCCUUGGUACAUGAUGCUGGAUUACCUCUCUUAAAACAAGACACUCUUCCUCGCCUGUCGGUGCUGGCCCGUGGAGAGCUGGAGCCCAGCGUGGUGGGGAGUGCGGUCAGCUCCACACAGUAGUCCCCACGUGGCCCACUCCUGCCCCAGGCUGCUUUCCGUGUCUUCAGUUCUGUCCAAGCCAUCAGCUCCUUGGGACUGAUGAACAGAGUCAGAAGCCCAAAGGAAUUGCACUGUGGCAGCAUCAGACGUACCCAUCAUGAGUGAGAGGCGUGUGUUGACUGAUUGACCCAAUGCUUUGGAAAUAAAUGGCAAUGCUUUGUUCUCUUAAAGGGACCAAGCUAAAUUUUUAUUGGUUCAUGUAGUGAAGUUGUACUGUUAUUCCGAGAUGUUUAAUGCAUACUUAACUUAUUUAAUGUAUUUCAUCUCAUGUUUUCUUAUUGUCACAAGAGUACAGUUAAUGCUGCGUGCUGCCAAACUCUGGUGGGUGAACUGGUAUUGCUGCUGGAGGACUGUGGGCUCCUCUGUCUCUGGAGAGCCUGGUCAUGUGGAGGUGGGGUUUAUUGGAAUGUUGGAGAAGAGCUGCCAGGAAGUGUUUUUCUGGGUCAGUAAAUAACAACUGUCAUUGGGAGGGAAAUUCUCAGUAGUGACAGUCAACUCUAGGUUACCUUUUUAAAUGAAGAGUACUCAAGUCUUCUAGAUUGUUUUUAUACCACCUCUCAAUCGUUACUUAUACUUCCAGCACCCAGGUCCAAGUCUGAUCCUGACCUCCCCUUGGGGUCCUAGCUUCGAGUCAGGGCGAAUGGAUCAGGCUGCAGAGAGUUAGAAGCGAGUGCACCAGCAGUUGGGGGUGGGAGCAGUGGGAGAGAGACUCUUCAGCGAAUCCAUCUAGUACCUAGUUGGGAGUUUGACUGUGAAUUAAUUUUAUGCCAUAAAAGACCAAUCCAGUUCUGUUUGACUAUGUAGUAUCUUGAAAACAAAAAUUAUAAUAAAGCCCCAAAAUUAAGAGUUCUUUUGUCAUUUUGUCAAAUUUGCUGUGUGAGGGGAAUUAUGUUAUUGUUUUUAUUAUUUUGCCAUUGGAAGGUUGAUUUUAAAAUGAGCCCUUUCACUGAGAAAUACUUAUUUAAUGAUUUAACUAUACACGUGUGUGUGUGUGUGUGUGUGUGUAUUUUUUGUUUGUUUUCAACUGACAGUAUGAAAAAAUAAAACUGCUGAAUAUCUAAGCACCUGGUCACCCUUGGCCUUCCAUUGCUUUGGCCUUCAGUAAAAAGUCUCUCUGCUAGGUCAGGGAACCAUGCCAUUGAAACUAGUGACAGGCAUGCUGGGUACAGUCCCACUGUGUGCACAGGCUUGAGAGGACAGGUUCAUCAGAAUGAAGGCAGUCCUUAGAAGUCACAUACAUCGAGUCACAUUGCUCCUAAGCCUGGCUCUGUCAAGUUGGGUCAUGGCUCUUGAAACUGGUGAAGUGGAAGUCCACCUGGUCUGAGUAAGUAACUUCCUGUCUUCAUGAAAAAAGUUCACUUUAAAUCCCAGGUACUCACAGAAGUGGUGAGCAGACCUAGUUCUUACCCAGUCACCAUGGAUUGCGUUGAGUAUGCAGACAGGAGGCCACCCCAAUAUGAAUUCAUCUCCAGCAUUUUUCCCACGUGGACCCCCAUGGGAGUGAAAAGACCGAGCUGUAAGACACACCUUCUGCCACCUAAUUUUCCACAGGGGACUGACAUUUGCUAAUUGGAGGUGCUGCAGCCGGUUAAGUGUUUCUGUAACUUCCAGGCCCUCAUGUCCUUGACAGGAGAGUGCUUAGAUGGCCCCCAACAGUGCCUAGGUGUGCAGUACAGCCGCAUUACACUAGAGCAGGGCUCUAUUUAUUUUUAAAGGAUAUGGCCGUGUGUUCUGAUAAAACCUUAUUCACAAAACAGCCAGGUCACAGGAUUUGGCCUGAGUCUGUGACAGUUCUUGAAAUGAAUUAUCUGGGCAACUACUCUGCUUUAGACCUUUGAACAUGAUUUAAGAGUUUUGUGUACAUCUAGGAGAAGCUGUUCAGCUUCUCAGAGGAUGUGGGUAUUUUGGUUGCAGCUAAUCAUCCUCUGAAGUCUCUCUCCUUCUAGAGGUUAGGAUGUGGUGAAUGUUUGUGGGGCUUUUGACUGAAUGGCAGAAGGAAACUCCUGGGAAAGAGAAGCAGGUGAGUAGUGGGAAGGUUGGUUAUUUCUCAGUCAUCCUGGCAGCCAAAAAUGUGCCAGGAAAAGAAAGAAUGUGGAGCAGGUGCGGCUCUGGAGAACUUGGGGAUGCAUGCAUAUUUAGGGUGUCUUUCCUAGAAUUACAUAAUGAAAAAAAGAGAGGAAGGCAAAGAGAAGGUUAAUACGGGGCCUGUCACAAAAGCCUUCCCUGCCCCACGAGGUUAAGAGUCAGAUAAUCAGGAUGAAACAUGGAAAGAGCGAGGCUGGGUAAGGUGCCACCGGGCAGUGUGCAUGGGGGAGCUGCAGCCAGCCUGCCCUCCACUCUGCUCCCGCAGUUACGGGCUCCACGGCACCUCAGAGAGGAUGGCCCUGGCUUCAGAAAUUCCAGCCAUAGUGCUCACAAAUACAGAAGAGACGGAAGCAGUGACAGAAUCCUGAAAGUUUUUAUUGAUUGAAUUUUUAAAUUGAUAAUUUAAGCUUCCUUGGCAUGAUACAAAAUACCUCUUAAAGGCAGCAGGCUGUAUUAUUUGUAGGUGUGAGGAACUGGCUUGAAUGUUUUUCUCCUCCUAGUUUGCAUGUUUUCCCUCUCUAGUCUUCUAAACUGCUGGCACCGGCAGUAAUACAUACUGAUAAAAUCAAAAUUGAUUUUUACCAGUGGACAGUUCAUGCCUAGAGAGAUGGCUUAUACCUCCAUAACACAGAAGGGGGAAAAAUGAAGAACCUCUAGUGAUCCGUGAAAACCUAAACGCUUUCAAACAAAUCCCAGGAACAGAAUUGCUAUCAAAAGAUAUCAGUGCCCAGCUUGCGGGCUGUGUUGAGUCAGAUAGAACUGGAUGUAGUGAGAGCUCAGAGCUGAAGAGCCUUUCAAAUUAAUUUGAAAACAGGCUGUGUGUGUGCAAGUGAGCAUGUGCAAGUGAGUGUGUGCAUGCAUGUGUGCAUGUGUAGCAUAUGUGCCGUAUGUCAGUAGCUUGACAGUUUUCCAAUCUUGCCUAUACUUUUUGCACACACAAAUUUUUGUAUUUGCAAUCCAGAAUCCAUGCCAAAAUACAAUGCCAUUUGUUAUUUUCAGCUCCUUCUCUAAAGGACUGGUCCAUUUCUUGUUGUAGUUUGAAAAUAUGUAUAUCCAGAGAUAGCGGUCUUGGGCUUCUAAGUGUCACUUUGAACACCUGGAUAACAUUUAACCUGAGACCAUCUCAGUGUAGAGGCAACUGCUUCCCCCUGCUGGAGAUGGCAUUUCGUUCAAGGGCCUCACAUCGUGGCUUCCCCUGCCCCUGCUCCUGCUGUCUGGCCAGAAGGAGAACUAAACUAAACUAUGGGAUGAAUCAAAAGUUACCACUCUGAGGAGACCUCUCUGAAUUAAGCUCGGGGCCAUGUUUGCUGUUGUUGAGUAGGAGUCUUCUCAGAGAUGAGCGGGAAUGGCAUUGUAUUUAGAAAGCCCCCUCCAGAGUACAGACGGGUGACUCUAGUUCAUGACACACAAAUCCCAUAAGGCCAACACAUUCUUUGGUAACAUCAAGAGCAGCUUUGAGAUCACGCGUGCCCUACGCAAAUUGGGUCCCUCAAGUUUCUGUGACCUGAUUGGAUUUGGAGAAAGCCUUCUCCGCACCACCUGCCUUCCUCAGAUCUGUUCUGAUAGGAACCUUUUCAAGAAAGUUACUGUUGUUUCCUUACCUGUAUAGAACAUUUCCAAUACAUUCGUUCAUUGAACUUAAUCCUUACAACUGUGACUUGGGGUGCGGGGGUUGAUGGCUCUGUUUUGCAUGUGAAGAAAUAAAGGCUCCAGGAGGUGAAAUUGGGCAACUUUUUAGAACUAAAUCAGUCACUGUAAGGCCUGCAUUGCAAAGACAGCAUUUCAGCUCUGAAAAUCUGCUCCAGGGAACUGAGUGGAUAAACCCUCCUGCCUUAGCUACUCUGCCCAUCUGUACAUCUUUUAUGUGCCUGCCUCCCUACUUUAUUCAGUUGUUUUCAAACUAAAGUAAGUAGAAUUAAGACUGUAGUUCAGUUUCUUUUUCUUUUGGAAACUCAACACACUCCAGACGGUGAAAAAAAGUGCAUUUUCCGUUUUCUCAUUGCCUGAAGAUCUCUGCCCAGUGCUCCUGGGGAGUGACUUUGGGGGCUUUAGAAAGAAUAUUACCAUUCUGACUCGGCAAGAAGAUGAUGGAAGCACUUUACUUGGAGGCUUUACAUAAUUUGUAAAUUAAAUGUGAAUGAGGGUAGUUCAUUAAAAUUGGUAUUACAGAAGCGGCCUGCUGAGGUUUGAAAACAGCUGAGCUGCUGAUGUCUCAGGCCUCUCCCUGAAUUAGCACUGCGUUUCUCCAGGAAAUCAGCCAAGGGAGCAGGUAAUAGGAGCCCUGAUAAGGAGCAUCAGCUGAGAGGCAAGCUUGGGAGGCUGUGGGAAUGGGUCUGCUGCCAGCUUCACAGACUUCCUCCAGCCUCUGAAUCCCAUUAGCCACAUACUUAGCACAUGAGGCUCAGCCACCAAGAACAUUAGCUGGGGUGCAGGAGCUGACCCAUACCUGUGCCGAGGGGCCCUGGCCUCCCUCCGUGCCAUGUUUUUAGCAAUAUCUAUGGCACUUAACAAUAGGGGCUUUGUUUUAAUUUAUCUUCAUUACAGAGGUAUUUUGAAAAAUUUAAAAGACAUGAACUCACAUAAGCAGUUAUGCAUAAUAGUUAAAAGGGAAACCGAUGGAGGUGGCGGAUGAGAGGUUGUCUUGAAUAUAAUUACUUGAGAUCUUUUUAAUGGAAUUAACUUAUUAGAAAAUGUCUGCAUCAAAUCUGUAGAAAAGGAAGAAAAAUGUAGCAACAAAAAUGUAGCCAUUAUCUAACUUGCCAUAAAUAUUUGCAAUUAUGAUACCUUGGAAUGUUGCCACGAUAUGGAUUGCUUUGAUUAAAAGAUGUCAGUUGAAUAAAACCGUACUGUGGGAGAAUCGCUUUGUGCUGCUAGAUAAAUGCUGAUGUUUAUUUUUAAACCAGGAAACAUUGAUCCUGUAACAAUGCCCUAUUACAAUUGCUUUAUUACACCACCGGGCUGAUGGAGAUGUAAUCAUUUGGCUAAUGGAUGUGGGUGCAGGAGGAUGCUUGCUUGCUGGCCUGCUCUCCCACUUGCAUUCUGAUGAGCCGCAGGAGCAUGUCCGGGCUUCUGCAGGUGCAGCUGCUGUCAGAGCUGCAUUUCUCUGAUACCCAAAGCCAUGUCUGACCGAAAUAAAACAGGUUACUUUUUGUUUUCCUUUGGAAAAUGCCAACUAAGGGAGACUAAUCAGAUAUCUUAACACAAUUUCAUCCAGGCUUAGUGCUAACAAGAUUGCGGGGCUUUUUAGAGUUUAAGAAGAUGAGAAAUUAGUGUGCAUGUUUCACACGUUGACUUGCUGGCUUUUCCAUGUCAUGCAAAAAAGCCCUGGCUGUUUCUCUGAACUGGCUGCCUGCAUUCCCGUCUUUCUUUUCUUUUUAAGAAAUAAACUGAAUUCAGCUGUUAAUCCUCUAGUGCAGCAUCCAUGUUAAAUUGUUUUUCCAUUUCAUCUUUUAUGUGAAUUCAAAGGUCAGAAUUUAUUGUCUGUAAUACUGAGACUACGCACACAAGAACUGCUUUUUGCUUUUUAUCAUUCACUCAACUCCUUACAAAUGUUUCAUAAGUACCCUUUCUGUAUUUGCUACUGUAUGAGGUGCUGAGAAAAUAGUCAAUGGGAGUGACUUUUUAUAUUUUUCCUUCGCCUAUAGCCUAAGUAAGGUGUUGCAGGCUUACACACUGAGAGAAAAAUGCAAAAUAUAUUUGGUUCUCAUUUCUGUUGCUGUCGUUUCUUUUUAAAAGACUAUAUAUAAACUGUCAUUUCGAACUUCCUAUAAGAAACUAAAAAUGAUCUAUUUCAGUGUUCCCUUCACCUUUUCUCUCCUUUUUGAGUGAAUAAAUGGUUUCAGUAAUC